AUGCUCGCAGAGCAAGUGCUGGAUGAUCUCACAACCCCAUUCCUCGGGCUUACAUCUGCAGUUCCCCUUGUACGGUGUACGGUAGCAGGGACAAAGUUGCCAUCUACAACCUUUCUCGGUGCCACCGAGUCCAAUGACGCACAAGGACAGACAACCCUAUUAUCCACGAAUCAGCCAACAAGCGGCCUAUCCACGAUACCAAAGUCCGUCGCAGACUUCCUUUUCGAGAACUAUAUGACAAGAGUGGUCGCGCAAUGUCCGCUAUUCUAUUCCGCCGACCUAGUGGCUUAUUUUGAUUCCGUUUUCCGUGACCCCCUUCGGAUUCUCGAAACAAAUACCUCGGAUAAUCCACGCGCUACCUUCGUCAUCGGUCUUAUCAUGGCAAUCUCCCUUACGACCUCAGCACGAACUCAACAAGUCUGGGCAAAUUCGAUUGCGACCGGUCUCGUGAAGGAGGCAAUGCAGUACAUACAGGCUGUUUGUACGAAUGAUAUAUACGGAUUACAAGCUCUGCUGCUACUGCUUCAAUAUGCGAAUCUUGAUCCCACCGCGGCGAAUGUUUGGCUCCUAUCGGGCUUUACAACACAAGCAUGUAUCGAUUUGGGUUUACAUAUCGAAACUCCCAUGACUCAAAGAAUGGAUCCCCUAGCAAAGGACAUCCGGCGAAGGGUGUUUUGGUGCGCAUACGAAAUGGAGAUAGCAACAUCCGCGGCACUUCUGAGACCUUCCACCUUCUUUGGCCUCGCGAUAAAUGUCCCAUUUCCUGCAGAGGUGGACGAUGAACUCAUAUCACAAUCCGGUAUUGACAUGAGCGGCUACCCGACAAAAUUUGCAUCCCGACGGAUCUGGCAGUUUCGUCAAAUUGAGGCUGAAAUUCUUUUGGUACAAUUUCACAACGGGGCACUACCAUCCCCGUAUCUCACACUUGACGAGUGGAUGAACGGGAUAAAGCAACGAAUCGACAAUUGGAAGCAGGAAAUUCUUUGGACAGCUUCUCUCAACGCCGAUACAACCAAAACGUCCCAAUGGGAAGAGAUGUGUUUAUAUGCCGAUAUUGCCCGAGACGUCAUAAUCGUGACAUUGUUUCGCCCAAGUCCCAGAGUCAACGAACCAAGCUGCGACAAUCUCAUGAAGGCUUUUCUAGCGUGUAUUGGGGUCGCCGAUGGUUACUGGAAACAAUCAAAUCUCAGUUUUGGUAACAGCAAAUUCGUUUUUCACCCUUGCUACCACACAUUCUCCGCCGGUAUGCUAUUCUUGAGAACACUACAACGAUGCAAGGAUGUUAUAUCUGCCACGUAUAGUUUGAAUGAGGUUGAGAAUUUUAUUUCCUGCUUUUCCCGACUUUUCACGACAAUCGCUGAGCGGUGGCCGGCUGCCUCGCGGUGUCUUGAGGAGUUUGAACGAUUGAUGGUUCCGGUCAAGAGGGAAUAUGUCGACUAUACAGUGCAGAAGGCGAGGAAUGCCCCUCAAGGCCCGUCUUAUCACCACAUCUCAACAUUUGGAGACGAGGGAGAAGAUUUGACAAUGGACUCUUCGGCAUGGCAGUUGGACAAUACUAACUUCGCGCCUCUUUUGACUGCAGGAAUAUGGGACCAUGAAAGUCCCGAGCUGGCGCUCUCGUUUCCUCUGGAUUGGAAUGCAGAAUUUGAUUUCGGAAUGAAUUGA